UGCUAACCUCCACGCAGUAUAUAGGCUAGCCAUUCCAAAUGCGGAGAUGCGGCCGUAUGGAUAAUUGAGGAGUCACAGUCGUCUCUCCGCGUCGUAUCCAUUCACUGCUACUUCCCAGCAUCCUAGAUACGGGUCACAUAGUUGAUUUGUCUGAGAAGCCACAUAAUAUUGAACCUUAUACACAUCUGCAAGACUAGGUAUAUAAGUAGAGUCUGCCCUACCGUCUGACUGGGAGCCGAAUCUGAAAAGAACUUGCUAAACCUCAUAACGCUUCGUACCUGGAAUAAAUAAAAUGAAAUUUCAUCCACAUAUUUUUCUUCCUUUUCUUACCGCCGCAAUCGCUAGGGAGAUAACAUUUCCUCCUGUCGCAGGAAUCAAAAGAUACAACACCCAGUCCCCGUUGCAGCGUUACGGCUCAGCAUCAGACGAGGAUGUCUCGCUAGAGACUGAUCCUAUGGACGGGCUGACUUCAUUCGCGCAUCUCCCUCAUGUUUCAUGUUUUUCAGCUGCAGCAGACGUUGAAAGUUAUGACAUAGCUGUUAUCGGAGCGCCUUUCGAUACUGGCACGUCUUAUCGACCAGGAGCGCGGUUUGGACCUCAUGGUAUACGCGACGGGUCUAGACGUAUUCGUCCGCUGCAUUCAUGGAAUAUGUAUACUGGCUAUAAUCCAUUCCUACAAUGGGCAAAGGCCGUCGACUGUGGAGAUGCACCGUUGACAUUUGUGGAUAAUACUGUGGCAAUGAAGCAGUUGGAAAAAGCACAUAAGAUCAUAUCCAAUCGCCUUGCGACAAAUAUUUCGGCUUCCGAAGUCCCUCGAAUCCUUAUGCUCGGGGGCGAUCAUACAGUAACCCUUGCUGCCUUGCGUUCAACAAUCAACCAUUGGGGUAUUGUAAACGUUAUCCACUUCGAUUCUCAUAUUGACACCUGGGACCCACAUGCAGUUGGGGGUGGAGUGUCGGACUAUGCUGCUGUGAAUCAUGGGACGUUCCUACAUAUCGCACACGAAGAGGGUCUUAUCUCAAACGACAGUUCAAUCCAUGUUGGCAUCCGCGCUCCACUGGGGACGCGCCACCGUGACCUAGACAACGAUGCCCGGUGUGGGUUCGACAUCAUAAAAGCCCGUGAUAUUGACGAGCUUGGUGUCAAAGGUAUCAUUGAAAGGAUAAGGGAUAGAGCCGGGGAUGGUAAUGUUUAUAUUACCGUUGAUAUAGACGUGCUAGAUCCGGCGUAUGCUCCGGCAACAGGGACCGCUGAGCCAGGAGGUUGGAGCACCAGAGAGUUAUUGUCAAUCAUUGAUGGCUUAUCCGGCCUAAAAGUUAUUGGUGCAGAUGUGGUUGAAGUUGCUCCUGCUUACGAUAAUACCGGAGAGACGACAUGUAUCGCAGCAGGAGAGAUUGCGAGAAGUUUGAUCGGCCUAAUGGUCGACGUCCCUGUCGUUGCAUCAAGCUAACAAAAUCGUCGGUGGGGAGCGAAAGUACUAUACAAUCGCGACAAUUAUU